UGCUACUGUCAGCAAGUGGUCAACUAUUGACGGCUCGACGUGGUCUCAAGUAAAUAGUAAACUGAUCCCCUGCAUCGUGCACACAAACACUCGACAAAUUCUUGUUUGGUUCUUCGACUGCUCAGACAGUGGACCCAAACUUUCGAAUGUAGUAUGGAUUCCGUCGCUCUCAUCUAUGCUUCUAUCGCAUUUGCGAUCUUCUACCUUCUGGUCUCUGCUGUACGCCAACCUCAAUUGCGCCACAUUCCAACGGUCGGAGGCCCCUCUUUGCCCAUAUUAUCCUACUUCGGUGCCUUGAACUACCUCUUCCAUGCAGCGGACAUUUUGCAAGAAGGCUAUACGCGGUACAAGGACGGUAUAUUCAAACACGCAGAGUUUCGCGGAUGGCACGUCAUCGUGACUGGAUCACGACUGACUGACGAACUACGCAAAGCUUCACAUGACGAACUAUCCUUCGAGGAAGCCAUUGUUGAUACUCUCGCGGUCGACUACACACUCGGGCCAAAUAUCCAGCGCAACACCUAUCACGUACCGAUUAUUCGCUCACAGCUGACCCGAAACCUUGCAUCUCUCUUUCCGGACUUGCGCGACGAGAUUGUUGCUGCAUUUGAGGAUGAGAUUCCUUUGAAGGACGAAGGUUGGACCAACAUCCCUGCAAAUGCUGCCAUUACCCAGAUUGUGUGCAGGACUAGCAACCGCUUGUUCGUAGGGUUGCCAAAAUGCAGGGAUCCAGACUAUUGUGAGCUGAACAAGAGAUUCACCAUCGACUUUAUCCAAGGAGCUGCUAUCAUCAAUCUCUUCCCGCGGUUGCUCAAGCCGAUCGUCGCACGGUUUCUCACAAAUGUUCCCCGAAGCGUGGACCGUGGUUUGAAGCACUUGGGCCCCAUAAUUUCGGAAAGGUUUGAGAAUAUUGAGAAACUUGGGGAGAAGUGGGCAGAAAAGCCGAACGACCUUCUCCAAUGGCUGAUUGACGCAUCCCGCGGAGAGGAGCACUCAGUUCGUGCAUUGGUGCUACGUAUGCUAACAGUGAACGUCGCUGCUAUUCAUACAUCAUCGAUGACCUUCACGCAUGCGCUGUUCUACCUUGCAGCAUACCCAGAGUAUGUGCAGCCAUUACGGGAGGAAGUCGAGGCCGUCGUGACACAAGAGGGUUGGAGCAAAGCAGCGAUGAUUAGAAUGCGCAAGGUCGACAGCUUUCUCAAGGAGAUCAACCGGGUCACUGGGGUUGGCGCAAAAUCGCUGAACCGUAAGGCCAUGAAGGACAUCACGUUCUCAGAUGGGACAUUCAUACCGGCUGGAACAUUUGUGUCAGCCGCAUCUCGCGCAACGCAUUUCGAUGAAGGCAUCUAUCCGGAUGCCUUGAAGUUCAAUCCAUGGCGGUUUUCGGACAUGCGCGAGUGCCAGGGGGAGAGCACGAAGCACCAUAUGGUGAGCACGAGCGUGGACUAUCUUUCCUUUGGGCACGGACGACAUGCAUGUCCGGGUCGAUUUUUUGCUGUGAACGAGCUGAAGGCGCUCCUCGCUCAUGUCGUGGUGACUUAUGACGUGAGGUUGGGGAAAGAGGGCGAGUUGCCAUCCUCGACGUGGUUCGGUCCAACGUUGGUGCCGAACACGAAGGCGGAAGUCAUGUUCCGCAAACGACAGUCAUGAAGCCAGACUUCGGUCUGUUCAUGAUUGCAUCUGCACUUAAAGAUUUGACGGUGAUCCUGAGGCGUACUUUGGACAUUUCUCAAUGAACGAGAGAUCAGAAGGCAGUCGUGUAUCGUUGCUUGAUAGAAAUUUGUGAGAUUUUAUAGCGUAUAAAGGAAGUUAUCAUAGAGUCGGGACUGAAGCUCGAUCGUAGGUCAAGAGCCCGUACGAGAAACGAACGUUAUCCUACAUACUGGCAUGUCUCAACCCCGCCUACUCCUAAACAAAACCUUGAGCUUCAGGUCAGAGAUGAGCAGGACGCCGAACCAGCUUGA